UUCAGGCCAACCGUACCCUGGUUCCAUCUUCUCUUAUUAUACUGUUGUUUACGAUGUUUUACACACUUCAUUUCAACCAGGCCAUUCUCGACUGGGAAGCUACACACCGCAGGGACAGCACGCAUAUACCUUUUGAUGAUGUCGCUCUUCUGUGCGCCCUGGACUGCCUGCUUCCUUCAGAGGAAGCACUCCUAGCAUGCAACACGAUUUUCCUCCCAAUGUUCCACAAACGCCAUUGGUCUAUUUACGCCAUCAACCUCACUCUCCUACGUAUCGACAUCUUGGACCCAAACCCCUACGGGCCGGAUCUCCCCCACACUGUUUGGCAGGACUUCCACAAAGACACGGUUCAAAAUGACUGUGGCAAAUACGCUUUUUGCAAACUUGCAGCCAUUAGACUAGCCACCGCCAUUCAAAAGCUGCGGCCAAAGGCAUUGCUGCGAAACUUUGCCAACUUUCCGUUCCACUACCAAACCAACUGCCCCACCAUGGCACCCGGGUCCAAUGAUAGCGGGUUUUACGCAAUGAUCUUUCUCAGAUCAUACGAUGCGAGCGAUGGUACUGUCACUCUACAUCUGGACCCUACCCAGUCAGCUCAUCUACGUUCGGAACUCCUCCACCACCUCCUCUUUCACAAAUCAAAUGAAGUGAAGAACCUGCAUCCUGAAGUUGCCAAGAUGAACUGUCGCAAUCUAGGACUUUAGUUUAGUGCAUUAACUGUGCUGCAAUGUUUUGUA